UUUUCAUGUGCAUGACAGGCUCACAAUGUCAGGUGUUGGAGCAGACAUGAUCCCCGCAACAAUAUGCGGGAUUUGUUUUGAUUUACGAACGACACCAUCAAAUUGCCAUUUCCGGUCAACGCUAAAAUGAACAAUUUAACUUCUGAACAAGUUGCUGAAUUUAAAGAGGCGUUCAAAUUGUUUGAUAAGGACGGGGAUGGAACGAUCACAACGAAAGAACUGGGGACGGUGAUGAGGUCUUUAGGACAAAAUCCCACAGAGGCCGAACUGCAGGACAUGGUCAACGAAGUGGAUGAAGAUGGCAACGGUACCAUUGAUUUUGGCGAAUUCGUUCAAAUGAUGUCCCGGAAGGUUCAGGACGCAGAUACGGAAGCAGAACUUCGGGAGGCCUUUGCAGUGUUCGACAAAGAUGGCGAUGGCUUCAUUGGGGCCACUGAGCUCCAGAGCGUGAUGUCACAGCUCGGGGAGAAUCUGACGCUUGAGGAUGUUCACUCAAUGAUCCGUGAAGCAGAUCAAGAUGGCGACGGUCGAAUAAACUACAAAGAAUUUGAAGCUAUGAUGACCCAGAGAUAGCAUUUCGAAACGCAUUCAACAUCACUAGACACUACACAAGCAUUUUCGUUGGAAGCAAACAGUUGAGAUAUUCAAGUGCUCCAUUGAUUCAUCGAUUAUUUAUUUAUUUCGUUGUGUUUAUCCGAGUCAUUUUGGAGUUCAUUGAAAUAAUUGUGAUAUAAGAUAAAACAGUUCGCGAUUAUUUAUUUUUGCGAGUUUUUAUUUUUGUUGUGUUUGGUUGUUUGAAAUUGCCAUUGAUUUCAUUGUAUAUGUGAUAUCAUCUCAGUUUACGGAGAUGUAUAAUAUUUCAAACGCAGCAACUUAUUGUACUAAAAAUGUUAUUAUUUGUUUUUAUACACAGACAUAAUUCAGACUAUAUAUUGUGUGAUUUUUUGUUCUAUUGUUUUGGGUAUCUUAACUAAUCAAAGUGUUAUAAACUCUUUACACAAAAAAAAAAGAAAUGAAAAUAUUUUAGUGAAUAUCACUUCGUUGCUUAUUUUUGUGAGAUUUGUAAAGUUUUUUUUUGCAAGUAAUGAAUUCUCUAUUAUGAUAUUUUCCUUGAUAAUACCCUACUUUACCAAAAAUCUAGUUUGUCUUUUAACGUGAA